AUGAUAACUACUUUAAGUGCAAAGAACAAACUAGGAUUUAUGAAUGGUACUUUAAAGAAACCAGAUUUAUCAUCCAAUAUUUAUGCUACUCGGAUUUGCUAUAAUGAUCAUGGAUCCUUAAUGUCGUCUCUAAAGAGAAUGCUUCCGGCAUUAUGUUUAAGACGUUGGCAUAAAAAAUGUGGCUUGAUUUGCAAGAAAGAGGGCUCGUCUAAUCGCCAUACGGAUAAUUUAGAUAAGCUCCUCAACAUGAAGGACAUACUCUCACCUCUCCUGCAGCCCCAUCUCGACCAUAACAAAUUUGACACUCAGUUGCUAAUUUUGUUUGGGUGGGGGGUGGGUGUUGUUCAAAUUUGGGGUUACGAUAACCUCAAGUAUGACUAUAGAAAAUCUGAACUAAAAGUUAUGGUUAAGUCAAUGCGCCUCGCCUUCAACCAUUACAUUAUGGAAAAUAUUGUACACAAGAUGAAGACAAAUCGAUCGUGA